GGUAUUUCCUGAUUUGCUGCCGCAGUCGCCGCCAUGUAUGACUUCUGCUUGACCCUUCCUUAUGGUGCAGCUAUCGCUGUUGGUGGUAUUGUCGGCUACGUGAACUCCGGAAGCUCUGCCUCGCUCACAGCUGGCGUGGGUGCGGGUACCCUGCUCCUCAUCUUCGGGUAUGCCUCGUAUCAAGAGUUUCAGUCGAGCCCGGUGGUGUCCAAGACGUGGUCGGCCCUCUCCCUCGGCGUGUCGUCGGUGUUGAGCGUCGUUAUGGGCCUUCGCUACAAGGACACGCAGAACUUUGUUCCCGCGGGUGUGAUUGCCGGCACGAGUAUUGGCAUGUCCCUCUUCUACAUCUCGAUUCUCCUCAAGAAGAACAAGGCCAACUACAAGAAGAACUAACUAGACACACGCCACCAUCUCCUAAUGUUGUCAACAGGCCAUCUCGUCCA